AUGUCGCCUAUUAUGGGAAAGUACGAUGGAACUAGUGAUCCUGAUGAUCACAUUAAUUUGUAUAGAAGCGCGGGGGAAGUCGCCUUAUGGCCAAUGCCUUUGUGGUGCAAUAUGUUCGUGCAAAGCCUAGUGGGAUCGGCUCGCGUGUGGUGGGACAGCCUCCCAGUCGGGGCAAUAGAUAGCUUCGAAGAGUUGGUAACAAAGUUUUUGCAACAAUUCAGUCAACAGCGAAGGCAUACCAAAGAUAGAAACGAAGUCCUACACAUACACCGACGAGACAAUGAAACAGUGGAAAACUUCCUAACAAUAUUCAAUAAGGAGAGCCUUGCCAUCCCUGGGCUGACUCAAGAGUUGGCAUGCGGCGCUUUCCUACAAGGCGUGAAUGAUGACGAGCUCCUCAGAAAGUUACACGAUAGAAAUGGGGUUCCAGAUACUAUAGAAGAGAUCAUGAGGAUCACUAAGAUUUAUGUGUGCCAGGAGAAAUCCAUAAUAGCCAGUCAUGCAGCAAAUAAGAAAAAGGAGUCGUACCGGCCGUCGGAAGAAUCCGACCGCCGCGGAAGCAAGAUCAAAAGCCAAAGCGGAAGGUUCUCCAGGGGAACUCACGCUUAA